CGCAGAGAUGCGGCGAGGACCCGGCCUGACCAGUCGCUAGCGGCGCGAGAGGACGGGAGAUGCAACAUUGCGGAUGUUCGUGCGUGGACCAUUAGACGGCGUGACAGACACGCACACGCAGCCCACGCACUGAAAUAGUACGGAGGAGGGGGUCGCUGCGAUGCCGAGCGGACAGCGGCGUCUCUAACCCGGGAGAGUCGCUCCUCUUCUCCGCCUCGCAGUUGCGCGUGUGUACGGCAACGGAGCCGGAUGAUCUCCGCCGGACCGGACCCGUUCACGUUGACUACCCCGCGCGGAGCCUGAGGCCCGAGGAUGCAGGUUAAAAAUCAGAUCUGCACCGAGCGGAUGAGCACCGACGACCCGGAGCAGGACGACAUUAGCCAGAAGAAGACCUCGUGUUUUUCCAACAUCAAGAUCUUCCUGGUGUCGGAAUGCGCGCUCAUGUUGGCUCAGGGUACCGUCGGCGCCUAUCUGGUGAGUGUUCUGACCACGCUGGAGAGACGCUUUAACCUCCAGAGCGCCGACGUGGGCGUCAUCGCCAGCAGCUUUGAAAUCGGCAACCUGGCCCUCAUCCUCUUCGUUAGCUACUUUGGCGCCAAGGCCCACCGGCCGCGCCUGAUCGGCUGCGGCGGCAUCGUCAUGGCGCUGGGGGCGCUGCUGUCGGCCCUGCCCGAGUUCCUGACUCACCAGUACGAGUACGAGGCCGGCGAUUCGUGGCACGCCGAGGACGGUCGAGACGUCUGCUCCAACGCCACCAGGUCGGACAACAAAGACUCGGCGUAUAAAUGCGGCGACCGGGCCAACACCAACAUGAUGUACCUGCUGCUGAUCGGAGCCCAGGUUCUGCUGGGGAUCGGGGCCACACCCGUCCAGCCUCUGGGCGUGUCCUACAUUGAUGAUCAUGUCCACAGGAAGGACUCCUCGUUGUAUAUAGGAAUUUUAUUUUCAACGUUAGUGUUCGGGCCAGCUUGUGGCUUCAUCCUAGGUUCCGUCUGUACCAAAGUCUACGUUGACGCCGUCUUCAUCGACACCAGCAAGCUGGACAUCACUCCAGAAGACCCUCGCUGGAUCGGGGCCUGGUGGGGCGGCUUCCUCCUCUGCGGUGCCUUACUCUUCCUGUCGGCCCUGUUGAUGUUCGGCUUCCCUCAGGCCCUGGACGAGCAGACUCUGGACGGCGGUGCGGAGAGCGAGCAGGCCAUGCUGCCGUCGCCCCUCAGCCUGGACUACCAGGCCUCCAAGCCCAAAGUGGGCAUCCAUGGCUUCGACCUGAACAGCGGGCUGUCUGUGUGUGAGCACCUGAGAGUCAUCCCCCGGGUGACCAGACACCUGCUGUCCAAUCCCGUCUUCAGCUGCAUCACGCUGGCCGCCUGCAUGGAGAUCGCCGUGGUGGCUGGCUUUGCCGCCUUCCUGGGCAAAUACCUGGAGCAGCAGUUCAACCUCACCACUUCCUCAGCCAAUCAGCUGCUAGGUAGGCGGGGCCUUUACCUCCUUCCAAGUCCUUCCAGGCAAGCAAACGUGCUUCCUUCCUCCUCUGCAGGAAUGACGGCCAUUCCUUGCGCCUGUCUGGGGAUCUUCCUCGGGGGGCUGCUGGUGAAGAAGCUCAACCUGUCGGCCCUUGGCGCCGUGCGCAUGGCCAUGUUGGUCAACCUGGUGUCCACCGCAUGCUACGUCUCCUUCCUCUUUCUGGGCUGUGACACCGGGCCCGUUGCCGGGGUGACGGUCGCCUACAGCAACGAGACGCUGCGCUCCUGGCAGCGGCCCGAGUCGCCUUGCAUCAGCAGCUGCAACUGCUACACGGCGUCCGUGAGCCCCGUGUGCGGCUCCAACGGCGUCACCUACCUCUCGGCCUGCUUCGCCGGCUGCACCAGAGCGAACCUGACGGGGUGCGCGUGCAUAUCCAGCACCAGUGAGGAGGGGGUGGCUCUACCGGGCAAGUGUCCAAGUCCAGGCUGCCAGCAGGCCUUCCUCACCUUCCUGUGUGUCAUCUGCCUGUGCAGCAUGAUCGGCGCCAUGGCCCAGACGCCCUCCGUCAUCAUCCUCAUCAGAACCGUAAGUCCAGACCUGAAGUCCUACGCCCUGGGGGUCCUGUUCCUGCUCCUGAGGCUGAUCGGCUUCAUCCCCCCACCCCUCAUCUUCGGCAUGGGCAUCGACUCCACCUGCCUGUUCUGGAGCUCGGUGUGCGGCGAGAAGGGGGCGUGCAUGCUGUACGACAACGUGGCCUACAGGCACCUGUACGUCAGCAUCGCCAUCGCGCUCAAGUCCUCGGCCUUCGUCCUCUACGCCACCACGUGGCAGUGCCUGAGGAAGAACUACAGGAAGUACAUCAAGAACAGCGAGGGCUACCUCACGCCCACCGAGCUCUUCUCCUCCAACGUGACUCUGGACAACCUGGGCAAGGACUUGUCCCACAGCCCCGCCUCCAGGACCAAGUACGUGUACAACCUGGACGACCAGGACAUGUGCGACAACGUGGAGUCGGUCUUAUAGUGACGGGGCGCAGGAGACGUCAGCGUCGGUUUCUCUCUGUCAGUCAGAGCUUUGUCCGACCCUCAGCUCGUAGGUUCUCGCAAAAGUUGCACUGAAAUCAUCGACCCUUUUUAUUUUUUACUGUAGGACGGACUUACUUGAACUUGGUCCCGUCUGAUCCGCGCUCACGUCACAUUUCGUCCUGGAGGAUCAUAUUCAUAUUCAUGCACGCACACAGGAGAUCCCCGCACUUCAUUCAUUACAGUGUUCCCUCCUUUAUCACGGGGGACAGGUUCCCAAAAUAGCCCGCAAUAAGUGAAAUCAGCCAAGUAGCCGACUUUAUUUUGUCCCAGCUGUAAAAGCCCCCACCCUACACUUUAUGGACUUUAUAGACUUUUCUCAGACAGGAAAUAACAUUUUCUCUCUUGUUGAAAAGUUCACACCUUUGUUUGAAUUUGAAUGAUCAACCUACGAGGUUCCUUCCAUCCACCUUCUUCCGCUUAUCCCAGGUGGGGGCAGCAGCCUAAGCACUUCAUCCAGCUCCUCCCGGGGGGUCCCGAGGCGUUCCCAGGCCAGUUGGGAGACAUAAUCUCUCCAACGUGUCCCGGGUCUUCGCCGAGGCCUUCCACCGGUCGUGCCCUGAACACCUCCCCAGGGAGGCGUCCGGGGGGGGGCAUCCUGACCAGAUGCUGAGCCAGCUCAUCUGGCUCCUCUCAAUGCGGAGGAGCAGCGUUUCUUCCCCAAGCUUCUCCCUUCCCUCUAAGGGAGAGCCCAGCCACCCCGCGGAGGAAACUCAUUUGGGUCGCUUGUAGCCGCCAUCUUGUCCUUUGGGUCACGAGUUAUUCCAAAUGUGUCAGAAACGGGAAUAUUGACCUCAACCUGAAUGUUGGCGGCAUGCAAACGCAGUGAUUGUGGGUUUUGUUGCAAGUCCCACUGUUGGCUAGCGAUGAACACGACAGGAGACACGGCCGUGCAGGACAUUGAUUGACAGCAGUCUACAGCCAAUCACGACGCAGAAGAUAAUGGUGUGGUUCUCCCUCAGCCAAUCAGGUUGCAGAACACAAUGCACGCGCAUACACUGUAAAAAAAAAAAACAGCAAGCAAAACAGUGCGGCCGCAAAAGAUGAACUGCGAUGGAGGAGGCAACGCCGUCCUUGCAGUUUUUGCAGGGCAAAAAACCGAGAACGGACGCACGCAUCAAAAUGCCUAACGUUGAAAUAAAAUGCGCCGCACGCUUACGAAACACUUCCUGAUUUGACGUGGAACAUGUGACAUGCGGCACACAGCAGUCAGCACUUGCAGAACGUGCAGCACAUCACGUCUUGUCAGCGCGUCUUCCUGCUGGACGUCGUCCUCUUCCUGAUUACAGGCUGCAGCACCUUUUUCCCCCCUGCAGAUAGCGCCAUCCAAACACUUCCUAUUUAAGCUAGCAGUAACAAAAAAACAAAUGAUGUAGAAUUUAAAGCAGAGAAAAGAAAUGAGCGCGUGGACGGGGAUCUACUGUAUCACCCAAAUCAUCCUCUUUUAGAUGUUUAGUUUAGAAACACACGGCCCGCAUCACCCGCCAUCACUUGAUGUGAUGAUGGAACCGCUUCAAGGUCAUCAGCGGGCGGGUUUUUCAGGAGCGACACAUCUCAAAGACAAAUUGAGAAGUGAUUUUUUUUUCUUUCAAAAAAACCCCCAAUGUGUUUUGCUCUGGUGAGAUUACGGUGGAACCUCUAAAGUGGAACACAAGAACGUUCGUUCAACUCCAGUUUGGUCGUGUUUUGGCAGAGGAAAGAAAGCAGAGGGAACCUGGUUGGGUGUCAAGCGAUGGCCGUCAUAGAAGCUCUAUGAAGGACGCAGGCCGUGUGUCUACGUCUCACUUUGGUGGCGUGCAUACGGACGUUGGGCCACACGGGGCUGCUGGCUUGCGCUUGCUAGGCCUGUCACCAAUUCAUGGAGUGAUACAUGUGCACGUGAGCGUGUGUGUUGCGUCUGCUGGUCUCUCUGCGCCACACAGGCUGGAUGACCUGAGGGUCACUCUGCAUCUCUCUGUGGGCAUCGCUUCUGUAGCGGAACGGACGGAGAGAGCGAACCCUGGUCUCAUUCAGCCUCGUUGUGGAGGCGGGGCUGCUAGUGAUGCUAGCAGUUAGCCUCGCUAACGUGAAUGAAGCCAAUGCCGCAUCCCCAGCGUGGGAAUGUUUGGGUUUUAAAUAGAAUGAGCGAACACGGACGGCCGUAAGACCAGUAUAACGAUGUCGUGCAAUAAGAGUUCUAUCAAAAUAAAAGCAUGACAGAACGUCCAUCAUAAUUAUACAAUCAGAAACGAGUUCAUAGUUGACAGAAACAAGCACAAACAGGAAGCGGAGGCUGCUUGGUUUGGGAACUUGAUGUUGCGGAAGGAUACAGCGCGGAGGAGACGGACUACUUUGUUACGUGCGAUACUGGACCGAAACUGAGAAAUGCAGAAAACCAGGGGCGACAUUUUGGCAAACAUUUUGAACAAAAUCUGAAUCCUGGUGAACCCUGACUCUCACCCCCAAAGUCAGCUGGGGUAGGCUCCAUCUCCCCCCGUCACCCCAAUGGCGACAAGCGCACAACAAGGUGAAUGUAAGCUUUGCCAAGAAGUGAGGACGUGUGUUGACGGAGUUUUUACCUUCCUGUCGACAUUCGUCUGUGAACGCCCCUUGUCCUUACAGACCCGAAAAAGCAAAACGUGCACGUUAUCCUUUGAUGCUGGCGGAACUGAAGCGUCGCGUUGCCGAGCACGGUGGUUUGAAGUCUCGCUGCGUUUUUCUCAAAUCUUGCUCAUUUUCCACCACAUCUGGGGCGCUCCGCUUUUGAGGUUCCACGUUGUAGUCCAGACAGGAAUGGGUGUGUGAUGAUAGCAGGGGUGUAGCGGUACGCCGUCAUCGCCAUUCGGGACGUACGUCUGUUUUAAGGUCACGCUUGGUUAGCGUAAAGGAACAAAUUGCAAAACGUAAAACUGCUGAGCUCUUGCAUCAUCAUUUGAAUUCAUUUCAAAUGUGCUAGCAGGUGUUAGGAAUGGAACAUGUUCCACUCGUUUCUGGAUGGGUGCUGGUUCACGUAUGCAGAGAGGCAACACAAUCACACAAGACCUUUCACUUGGAACCAGGCCUGUCACAAUCAGCGAUGAAUCAAUGAGUGGAACGAUAAAAAAACAAAAAGAAAACAAAAUGCGUGUGUUUGCGUGUCUGCUGGUGUCUCUGCGCCCCCCAGGCUGGAUGACUACUCUGCAUGUGUCUGCACGCUGCUUCUACCGUGGAAUGAAUGGAGAGAGUGAACCCUCCUGUCAGCCAUUCAGCCUCUUUGUGGACGCGGGGCUGCUAGCUACUAGCUACUACCCUAGCAGCAGUUAGCUUUGUCAGCUAGCGUACGCUAACAUGAAUGACGGCACAAAAGUGAUUGUGUUUUUAAGGCGAACGCCUCAGCCACAGUGUGGGAAUAUUUUGGUUUUAAAGACAAUGAAGACGGAGAGCGCAUGAACACCGACAACCAACAGUUUUGUCAACUGACAAGUAAGCUACCAACGUAGCGUGGCAGCGGAGCCUUCCUUGCGACAGUCAACGCUUAGUGAGGUGUUUGGUCGGCAAAUAUAAACUAAACAGUGCAAAAUGGUGCGCCCACGGCUAUGUUGCAAAAACGUACAUGCAGGACACUUCUGCGUCAAGCUAAUGUGUCACACCGGUACAACGUACGCUACACUUGAGUACCAUCUUGUGGUUCAAAUGUGAAUUACACCUCUCGUAACAAUAAUUCAUGAAAAAAUGGUCUCAGAAAGUGUUGGCGAUAAUAUCGAAUAUCAACAACAAUUCUUAGCACAAUUAUCGACCAGCAAAAUUUGUUAUUGUGACAGGCCUACUUGGAACGAAAGACACCCUGUUCUUUGUCAUUUUAAUCUGUCUCUCUCUGUCUCACACGCACACACACACACUCAUAUACGUAAUUCAAUUAGAGUCAAGAUGCCAACAUGGGUUGAAACCAGAUCAGAUACACCAACAAACAGCUAACAGGAAGUUUCCUGAUCAUUGGGACCGCCUCCACAGCAGGCUUUUGAGGAAGAGGAGCUGAGUUUCACUAAACCUUGGUUGGUGGGCUGACCGUUCUCUCCAGCGCUGGCAUUGUGAUUGCUUUCAUGUACGCUUUUUAAUGAUGACGUGCAAGCAAUACUCCAAACUCAUCGCAUUUUGAACACGAGAACCUGGGUGGACUUGGCCCUGCUAAAAGACCAGAUGUUCCAUAUCGACCACCGUCCCCAAACCCCCUCUCCUGUGUACAUACAAGUGCCAAAGUGACGCAUCAGCGCUCCGCACUGGAACCUCCGCAGCGACCAGAACCUCCAGCUGUAUGUAGCCUCUCCGUGUGACGUGGUCGUAUGCUACCAAGGCGUGUUGUGGUCUACAUGUGUACUAGCUGUUACUAGUAGGACCUCACGUCACGUGCUCGCCGUCUGUCCUUCUAGAGGACGAAACCACAAAAGGAGCCAAACUUUAGCGCGUUCGUGUGCCUGGACGUUGUUGCCCCCCCGGGGGCGUCCGCAAGGAAGGAAGAAGACGACGUGGACGUGAUGAACUCGGACCUGCCUGCGGCGACAGGACUGUUUUCUUUUGGCAUCGGAUAAUGUGCUUGACAUGUUUUUUGCCUUGUGAUGACAAAAUAACCUUUAGAACAGCAAAUGCCUUUUAUUUGUUGGUUGGAGGUGUUUUUGUAAACAUGCAUCGUGUCGACCGGGCCUUGUGCUCUCAUAGCAAAAACACACGACUUGACUUACGCAGCAGCGUCCACCAAAGCGUUAAGGGUCCCUUAUUAUGCAAAAGUGGAUUUUAACGAUACACAACAAUAACGUGUCCCGGGAGCCUGUUUAUGAGAAAAGACUGUCCCCCCCCCUCACUUGUUUGCUCCACUUUUAGGAGAAGAGACGCUGAAAUGCUCCCUUUUGAAGUUGUUAAAGCAGGGGUGUCCAGCGUGGGCGCCGGGGUGCCGUUUGCUGUUUUUUAUUGGCCCGUGGCACAUUGUAAAAAUAAAAUUCCAUAAAAAAACUGAAAUAAAGAGAAAAAAGUUGAAAUCCAACAGCAAACAGACCAGAAUAACUUUAUGUUAUGAGGAAAAAAAUGUCAUUUUAUAAAGUUGAAAUAAUAAAGAGAAAAGAUGUUAUGGUAAUAUGAAAAACAAAAAACAAACAAAACACUGGAUAAAGUUGUAAUUUUUGGAAAAUUAGGUUGCAGAAAAAGUUGUACCUCCUUCCCUCCUUUGUAGCAGUGAAUUGGUUCCACCCCCGCCCGCCACAGGAUUCAACGUUAAUAAAUGGCUGACUUUCAUCGUUAGAAGAAGACAACCUGUUUGCGACUUUCGAAAUACAUUUUUUAACAUUAUUAGAGCCCUGUAGACAGGAAGUAACACUCCUGUUAUUCCUUGUUUACACCGGAUUGAGCAACUAUUACGCGACAGGGACUCCAGACGGCCAACAAGCUUGCGAGCUAACCAGCUAGCCUCAAAUUGAUUUCUUCUGAACGUAGGAAAGACUUUCAAACGGAGUGGGGAAGAAGGACAAAGUAAGAAGCCACAAGCUUACCACUUCCACACGGAAUGGGAGGAGAACCUUUUUUCGCUCUGGCCACAUGGGGUGCAAGGUAGGGUAGUGUAAUAAGGACAGGUGUCUCCCACAUGGGACACUGCUGCUGCCUAGUGGCCAGAAUGCUACACAUCACCUGCCCUUCAGUAUGUUUGGACUCACAGACCGAAGUCUGACACCAAACAGCCCUCAUUCAUUUCUGAGAAACUCUCAUGCGGCGAGGGAGGGGUAAUCCCACCGGGAUAUUGCGAGGGACGACCGUCGUGUCACGAGAAUAAAGUCCUGAGGAGAACAUUUACAAGAAGCGAGUUGAAAUAGGUGGAAAAUGUAAAAAAAAGAAGAACAGCAGCGAUGUUCAGACUGGAUGUUUUAUGAGAAUCAAAUCAAAAUAUAAGAGAAAAAAGUCCAAUUCUAAGAAGAAGUUGCAAUUUUGGUCUUUCACUCGUAGUGUGCAGCGCCUUUCCACCUCGCAGGCACUCCGAGCACCUUGACGCUGUUAGCACAUCAACCUGCUGGUCAUCUUCAGGACACGAGGCCACCACUCUACCACCCGCGCCAUGCCGCCUUGCAAUUAGGGACUCAUUAGGGGAAGUUCAAAUAUGUGCAAAAGAAAAAAACAGCAAAAAUGAGGAAAAAAAGAGGCUUCGCUACAAGCUAAUUGUAGGACUGUGAUAUGAUAUUUUGUUUGUUGUUCAAUGAGCGCUUCUAUUGUAAGGUGUUUGGAAAAGUAGCCUUGCAUACGUGCACACGUGGGCCCCCUUUGGGCCCAUCUGACUUCCUUAAGGAAUGUUCUGUAGUCCAUGUGCUCAUGUUUACUCAUCACAUGUCAAACAACCUGAUAGAGAACAGCUUUAGAAAAAUAAAGCAGGCUUCACUACACGUCUUAAAACAGCCUGGCGCUCUGCCAACUAUCCAUCAGUCAGCUUUUUUCAGUCAGCGGCGAAUAGGCUAAGCUAGCAUGAUGUUGCUGUUCAUAUGUAAGUGUAAUGGUAGCACGGUAGCUCCCGCAGAUGUGCUAGCUAGGCUAACGUGUGCGUCCUCCUGUCCCGCUCCUGAUGUUAGGCUGUUGGGUGUGACGGACGCCGUCUGUUACGGUGGACAAGUGCCGAGUUCCCGUGUAAAAAGUAGAUGAAGCACACAGCAGAGAGGCGUGGCCAAACACAGCUCAUCAGCAUUAAAGCUGCAGACACAAAACGGCGUGUUCCGCGUAGGGCUGAUCAAAUCCAGCAUGGGGGGCAACACUAAUUGUUGAACGAUCCAAUAAUACGGGACCUUCACGCUGUAAAUAAAGCAGAGAGCAAAGUUCAUCAGGAGUAUGCGUUUAGGAAAUCCCCGGGCAGCAUGUUGCCUUCGGGUAAGCGGCGGGUGAAUCAGAAGCCCCUUUCACACAGCCUGCCAACCUUCCCCCGCAUAAACCGCAUUUUACGCCUUCCGAGCUUGCAUGGGAGCCGUGACAGAGGGGGGGUGAAAGGCACGGGCGACUGAAUCCUCUGUCGUGGCUGCGAUGAGGCUACUUUGCAGGAUCUCUGUGUGAAAGAGGCUGCGUUGACGCGGGAUUGGCUCAUUUUUUGUAGGGCACCUUCCAAACAGAAAAGGGCAUUUGAAGAGAAAAAAAUCACCACAGCAUUUUUUUUUUAGCUGGUUUGUUUGUUGAAGUCCAUGAAUUUCUAUUUAAGAAGCUUUACUGUCCUGUUUGUUCCUGGGGGAGGAUGACAUGAUUGUAUGGUCCUUGUGAAUACAUAAAAUAUACUAUUUUAUGCUUUUAA